CGAGAAAGAUGUGUUAAUUGUGAGAGCUUGUGCGAAAUAUACGUUGCCGGGAUAUUCAAACAAUUUGAUGGUAUUUCUAAUAAGUAAACGUAAAACGUUUUCAAUAUAAAUGUUUUGUGUGCGCAAGAAAGUUUUAUACAUGUUCUUCCAACGGAUAUACGCGAGUGUCAUACAUACAAAAUAUAUACAGAGUCUACAAUUGUAAGGAUAUUUAAGUUGUAUACAAAGUGUUGUUGGUUUUUUCUUUUUUUUUUUUUAAUGAAAUACUAACGUGUGAAUAUACCAUAAAAUAAUUGUGUUAACAAUGGGAGUAAAUGAAUGUAUGAAUAAAUGAAUGAAGCUUUAGUGAAGGCAAAGUAAAUUGAUUAAUAUUUCGUGUUUAAAGAAAAUAAGAGUGAAAUAAAAAAGAAAAUUUUUCUAUGAAAUAAAAUUUUCAACAAUGCAUGAAAAAGAUUAUAAGGAAAAAGGUGUUAAAUAAUAACAAUAGCUAGAGUGAAACGACAACGACCGACAAGGAAAGGAAAAAAUAGGAUAAAUUUAUGGUUCUAUUAUAUACAUAUAUAUAUAUAUAUGUAUGUAUAUAGGUUUUUUUAACUGUGACAACGCACAGCACUGGUGAACACCAGUUAACCAUAUCAUAAAAGGAUUAACCAAAGUGCUAUUUGUUAUGCGUUCAAAAGCGUGUGUUAAAGCAUUUUAGCUCUGCGGUAUGUGCUGCGUGUAAUUAUCUAAAAUCACAACACAAUACAAAUGAAAAAAAACUCUGAUAUUAAGGAAAAACCGCAUAGUAUAGUGUAAUAUAAAAAAAAUAAAAAUAAAAAAAACAACAACAACAACAACCGCAAAGAGUGAGACUACCUUAAAACAAACAAAAAAAAGGCAAAAAAAGGAAAAGCUAAUGAUUUAAACUAUUCAACAAACUUCCAAAAAAGGAUUACAAGAGGAUUACUACGAAAAUCACACAACUUGGGAAAAAAGUUUUUACAGGAUUAUGUUGACGGAGGCAUAAUGAAAAUUUUUAAAUGUUUCUCGUCCAUGAUUCAUUUUUAAUUUAAAUGAAGAAAAUUUUAAACAUAAUUUUCUUAAGCACAAAUCUUUUUACAAUAAUGCCUAACCAUCAAAAAUGUUUAUCUACAAAAAUUGGACUAAUCUUAGUGAAUUUGAUAUUAAGUGGAGUAAAAGCAGAGCAACAUCCAGUUACGGCAGAUGAGGGUCCUUUGUCUGAAGUUCAAACUGCUGUCGGCUUAGAGGUCGCUUUACCAUGCGAUCUUAUGCCCAAUAAUAUGAUGACAGACAAAGUGCAACUAGUAAUCUGGUAUCGAGAAGGAACGGAUAAACCCAUUUAUACAUUUGAUGCUCGGGGGCGCUCUUUACAUCAGGCGAUACCGUGGGCAGAUGAAAAUAUUUUCAAAAAUAAGGCGCAUUUCUAUUACGAUUCUAAUCCACCAGCCUUGCGGGUAAAAAACAUACAAACAAGUGAUGCCGGAUUAUAUAAAUGUCGUGUAGACUUUCAUAAGUCACCGACGCGAAAUUGGCGUAUCAAUGUAACAGUGCUGGUGCCACCUAAAAACCUGGCCAUACUUGAUCAUCAAGGAGCAGAGGUUAGAGACCAAAAAGCUGGCCCCUAUCUCGAAGGUGACAGCAUAAAUUUAACAUGUUUAUCUAGUGGCGGCAUACCACCACCUCGUGUAUCAUGGUGGCGCGAACAUGCUCUAGUCGAUGAUUCAUUUCAAGUGCUACCAGAUGGUACUGUGCGCAAUGUAUUACAUUUGAAAAAUAUUUCUCGUAGAGAUUUACUAACGAUUUAUACCUGUCAGGCGAGCAAUGGUCACGUGGUGGCUGCGUUAACUAAAAAAGUUAUGCUGGACAUGAACUUACCGCCGUUAAGUUUGCUGUUACAAGGGCUCAAUCAUGCCGUGAUAGCGGGGACACGAACACACGUUACUUGUACAGCGAUUGGAGCAAGACCACCGCCACAUAUCAUUUGGUCGAAAGGAGGACAAAUAUUGAAAGGAGCAACACAAUCGACAUCUAAAGAUGGUAAUACAACGGUAUCAGAGCUUUUACUUAUACCAGUACCUGAAGAUAAUGAACGUCAAGUGGUCUGCUCAAUUUCCUUAAAUCCGGCUAUGUCCUCUCAACAUUUACCCGAAGGUCAUACAACGGUUACAACAGUUAUGGGCAACGGCAACACUGGUCUCUACUUAAAAGACUCUAGAAUGUUAAAUGUAACACACGCGCCAAUUGUGUCCUUAAGUUUAGGUGCUCCUUUGAAUCCGAACAAUUUAUUAAAGGGCUCAGAUGUGUAUUUAGAAUGCGAAGUUAAAGCCAAUCCUGGCAUUACUAAAGUUGAAUGGUAUCAUAAUGAUAAACAACUGCAUUCAUCGCGUGGCAUAAUUAUUUCAAAUCAAACUUUAGUCUUGCAAGGCAUUUCGAAGGGGUCGCAUGGCCAAUACUUUUGCCGUGCCACCAAUAUACAGGGUAGUGUCUCCAGUAAUGAAGUCUAUCUGGAUGUAAAAUACCCACCGGUGUGCAUGUCUGACUCAACCAUUAUAAGGGCAGCCGUAAAACAAACCAUUAACAUUACCUGUCAAGUAGAUUCAAAUCCACUUGAUUAUCUAAAUUACAAAUGGCAUUUUAACAAUUCACUUGAGAAUCUAAUCGAAUUACCCUACAAUGGUGGGAGCAGUAGUGCAUCUAACCCGCAAGAACAACAUCAACAAAUGCUAUUGCAGCAUACAGACGCAAAUCAUGCUUCCGCCGGAUAUUAUCAACGUAACAAACGGAAACAUAGUCACGCUCAACAACAGCAAUUGCCGAAGUUAGUACAUGCACAUCAUACACGUCAUGGUCGCAUUGCGUUCAGAAAUGCUAAACAUAUAAUUGAGGGCAACGGCAGAGGUAUAUGGUCCAAUCGAAACUUCAAUGAUGAACAAGUCAAUGUCGAUGACCAGCAUCAUUUGUACGAAUACGAUGAUGGGAACGAUGAUGAAACGAAUGAUAGCAACAAUACUGACGCUGGUAAUGCUGACGAUAAUGAUGAUGAUAAUGAUGAUAAUGCUGAUAAUGAUAAUAAUCACAAUAAUAAUGAUAAUGAUAACGAUAAUGAUGAUGAUGAUGAUGAUGAUGAUGAUGUGAUUGAUAAUGACGAAAACGUAAAUAGCAUUUAUGAUGGUACGGUGGUGCCUUACACUCAAAUGGUUUACUCAAAUGCGGUUUAUAAAAACCAUUUGGAGAGCAAACAGCGCGUGCAGCAACGUCCCAUGCAUACCGAACCAAUACAUGAUAGCUUGCAUGCCAGCAAUCAAUACCAAUUGUCAGAGCGUAAACGUUUUACGGCAUUGCACAAACAACAAUUUCAGCAGCAGCAGCAGCAGCAGCAGCAGCAACAGCAACAGCAACAGCAUCACCAGCAGCAACAACAUCAUCGGCUGGCAGUGACGACAACGGCCGCUGCACCAUUAAAUAACGUUUAUAGCUAUCAUUUGGAAACAUAUGAAAGUUUUGGUGCCAUCUCUUGCGUAGCCAGCAGCCCGAUGGGUCACAGUCAACCCUGUUGGUAUCACAUACAACCGGCAGAUCUGCCCGAUCCUGUUAAAAAUUGCACAGCCUAUAAUGCUACCGCAAAUUCAUUGCAAAUACAAUGUGUGGCCGGUUUCGAUGGUGGUAUACCGCAACACUUUCAUGUACAAAUAUAUGAUGAAACGAGUCGACAGAUACUUUACAACAUAUCGUAUCGUAAUCCCGACUUUACAAUCAAACGUUUGCCUAGCGAUUCGAUGUUCAUUAUACGGAUUACGGCGGUUAACGGUCAGGGUCCCAGCAAACUAACCUAUAAGUUACGCGCUCGCACACUAAUGGCGCCUCUAUUGAGAACCGCAUCCUCAACGGCGGUUUUAGUUCAACUUACACCACUGUUAGGAGCAUUGGUCGGCGUCAUAGCCACACUGGUGCUAGUGGCUAUUUGUAUUGUGAUUUUCAUGAAAUUUCGUACAAAAAAUACACGUCGUGGUCAGAAUGGUGAUACGACCACGACAGAGGCGGAUAAAGGUAGUGCUGAACCACUCUCACGUAACAUGGGCAGUCAUUCGAGUUUAGAGGAUAAAAAUCCUGAUGUCAUACCGCAGGAAACGAAUAGCGAGGAUGAAUUCCAUUUAGAAGAGAAAGCAUUCGAUCGUCUAAAUAUGGAAUCACAGCGCAUUUUAUACACGCCAACAAAUAGACUUAACACUGCUUCACCUCCACCGCCAUCCCUUUCGCCAACAUUCAGCAAACAGUACGGCGAGCUGUCAUUGACAACAAAUCCCGCCUUUAGCUUGUAUAAUACACCGCAGCGGGCGCCCGCAAUACAACGGCCCGUUUAUACAGCACCACCGCCGCUAUUGUCAACACGCACCCCAGCCAACAUUUACACACGCAUACCAGGCCGCACCUACUUGCCAGCCUAUGAAACUCGCACUUCACCCACCUCCCCUUACGGCUCAACAACUACCUGUACAAUGCCUCUACUUGGUGGACAAUCGAAUGGUUCACUGCAAACGAAUAGUAGUAGUGGUGGUGUCGCAGGCGGUAUAAUUACUGGUGGUAUGGUUAGCGGGCUGGGCUCGCUUAAUUUAGCAGGAAAUGUUGUUAGCAAUUGCAGCACACUUCCGCAUCCUGCUACGCAGCAGCAAAACGGUGGCAUUUCAACGGCACUAACAUCAUCACUCACUUCGGGGAACAUAACAAUUGGUGCUGUUCAGUCUCUAUUGACAUCACCACGAUCACAGCCGACAUAUGACAGUACCACCACACCAUCGACACAAUCACCAUUGUUGGCUACCAGUACACUGCUGGGCAGUGGCAACUACGAGACGAUAUCCUCCUGAGAAUUACCUAAGGAAGACAUUAAAUGUCAAAUUGUUUGUAUUGGGGGGAGUAGCACAUGCACUAGUUCAGCGGAGCGUACAACCAUCGUUUAAUAUAUUCCUGCAGACAUUUUCGCGUGCAACAGUGCUUAACAGGUAUGUUAAACAUUGCAACGUUCAUGUAUUCUAUUGUUAAAUAAAAAUGUAUAAUGUAUUAAUAUCAUUAAAUUUAAUUUGUAUUAUAUAAUGUAACUGUCGAUGCAGAGUAGCAAUUAUUCUUAAGUACAAUUUUAAUAACCUACAGAAACUGCCUUUUUGGUAUAAGAUAGUUUAGAAAUUCCUUUCAAAAAAAAAAAGAAAAA